AUGUCCGCGUCGUUGAGCGCGCGCGCGCGCGUCUCGUCGUCCAUCGCGGUCGAUGGGUUUCGUCGACGUCACCAACAAUCGACCAAGCGAGGUUUGGUCGUUCGCAACGCCAAGGGCGACAUCUACGAGGCGACGCUCCCGAAGCCGAUUGAGUUGAAGUUUAACCGCGGAAACGACGGCGGCGCGUACGUCGUCUUCGUCCCGAACGAUCCGGCGUACGAACGAUUCCAAGUCGGCGAUAAGAUCGAAGGCGUGAGCGCGUCGUUCGGUGACGAGGUCUGGGGGGCUGAGUCGUACGGACAGGUGAUGUACGCGAUCAAGAACAGAAACGGUGACAUUUAUCUGAAGAUGUUGGACAUGGACGGCGACGUGUCCGCGCUUACGGCUGAGAAGAGCUCGGCGUUCAAGAACGAGCGUGCGGGUGGGAACUACGGCGCCGGGACGAAGGAGCAACAGAUGAAUAACUAUUCCAAGAAGCGUGAGUUGGAAACCCAGAGAUUAGACAUGUUCGACGAGGCGAUCGAGCUAUACAACGCGAAGGAUUACGACAACGCGCUCAUCGUCUUCGAGGAGGUCGCGGCGUUGGAACCGAAGAAUUACAUGGGCGACGAUUUCUCCAAGACGACAGAAAUUUACAAAGUGGCGCAGUACAACAUCGCGUGCUGCUUCUCCAGGAUCGGUAAGACGGACGAAUCCCUGCUCGCGCUCAAGCGCUGCAUGAUGGCGGGUUGGACCGACUACAAGAAGAUUCGUCAAGACCCGUCGCUCGAGUUCAUCCAAAAGCAACCCGGCUUCACCGAACUCCUCGACAAGUUCGACGAGCCCUUCAUCAACGUCAACGCCGUGAACGCGUUCAAGUCUCUGUUCGGCGGUAAGAAGUAG